AAAGCCUUUCCGCGCAUAUUUUGACGUAACCAUCCGUACCCUUGAGUGUAUAAAUUUCAGCUCAGCAUUGAGGUCGGGCACAAUCGAAGAGAAGUAACAAAAUGGCAAGCAAAAUGGCAAGUUCAUCGAGAGCGUUCAAGGAUUCUCCAAGUUUAAAAGUGGUGAAAAAACUGUGCAACCGAGGUAUCGUCAGUCCGGAGUUCUUGAGAAAUUUCAAAGAAAGGUUUGGAGCAGUAAAGGCUGUUGUAAACAGCAAACGUGCGCACAGGGCAAAUGACGAAGAGUAUUGGUUGGGCAUUCGUAACAUGUUCGCUUAUGAUGAGACAGACGCGAACGACGCCAUUCCAAUCAACGCCGCAAACUUCGCCCCAACUUUUAACGACGUGCAGCUGCUGAUGAAUCAGUAUAAUCUUGAGUUGAACGAGGAUAUUUCCAUCCAGAAUCGUGUUGAAGUUCUUAGUUUGGUAAUCGACUCAGCGCGUGAUCUGAUCGCAACACAACUUGGAGUUACCUCGCAGGAAGUUGCUCUCAUGCGAAACGGAACCGAGGCUAACAACAAUAUCAACAAUGGUCAAAUACUGAAACCAACUGACGAGGUUGUCCUUUGGGAGCAAAAUCAUCCUACAAAUGGGCGUGCCUGGUUCAUCCGUCAGGCUCAACGACCAUUCGUGAUUCACAACAUACCAUCCGAUUUCAAUGGGGCGUCAACAGACGCCGAAAUCGUAGCUGAGUUCAUGAAGCUGGUUAACGAGAACACAAAGUUUGUUACAUUUUCCCAUCUCUCCAACGUUGGUGGCCGUCUGUUGCCGGCGGAAUCAAUUUGCAAAGCUGUCCAUGCUCAAUACCCAGACUGUCAUGUGCAUGUCGAUGGCGCGCAGACAUGGGGCUGCAUGGACUUGAAUUUAGUUCAGAUGGAUUGUGACAGUUAUUCAGCAUCAUGCCACAAGUGGUUCUUGGGUCCCAAAGAAACUGGAAUGCUUUACAUGAAGUCGGCUCGUAUUCCAAACUUUAUCCCAAACACCUAUGGUUACGACAUGAAGAUUAUCGCCCCCGAGGAGCUUUACGUAGAUGCCCGCAGAUUCGAAACCCUUGGUCAGCGUGCAGACCCCAGUGUGAUGUGCAUGCUGAACACUGCCGAGAUUAUGGGAGAAAUUGGGUUCCAGGCAAUUGAAGACCGGGUCCGCUAUCUGGGCACAUUGGUAUACGAUGGUUUCAAAAAUUUUCCAAAUUUCCCCAUGACAACACCAGCAAAUUUAUCUCAACGCAUUGGUGUGAUUAUUGCAGGGGUGGACCCUGAUUGGGGCGCGGACCUCUAUAAUUAUUUGUACCAAACUCAUAGAAUCGCGGUGGCCAGUACAAGUGGUAUACGCAUCUCACCUACAAUUUGCAACACGCCAGAACAGAUGCAAUUACUGUUGGAUGCUGUAGCAGAAUACAUUCAACUGAGUCCACCUCCAAGCCCACCAGCCAACUAAUGCAUUAUUCAGAGGAUGAACUAAAUGUAGUUGAAGUAGCCUUUUGAAUCGUAUAUAACUUGAAAU